AUGCUUAAUAUAUUUCAAUGGGUCAUACGUUUAUUGGCCACGUCCUUUGUUAUCUGGGUAGUCCUAAGUACAAUUGUACCACAAACAAUUGUCAAAUAUAGUAAUGCCGAAGUCCAAUCCAAUAAAUUUCAAUCUUCUCUAUACCCAUAUGCUUCUCUCUUAGGACCUUCACUUAUUCAAAACAGCACAGUAUACUUUGUCAUUGGUCACCCAGAUGAUGAAGUUAUGUUCUUUGCCCCUUCACUUAUAGAACUUUCCAAGGCGAAAAACAAUAACAAUGUCAAGAUCAUUUGUUUCUCCAAUGGUGAUGCAUUGGAUCCAUCGAUGGGCCCCAUCAGAUCCGAGGAAUUGAAACUGUCUUCUCGUAUAUUAGGUGUAAAGGACAGCGAUGUCCUAGUCAUACCACUGGGUCAAUAUAAAGACGGUAUGAAUAUAAACUGGGAAGCCGAUGAUAUCGCCAAGUCAUUGAGUACACAUAUCGUAACGCCUAAGGACGAACAAACAAGAUUGGUCGUAGUUACAUUUGAUGAAAAUGGAGUCUCUGGGCACCCAAACCACAUAUCUCUUUACCAUGGAGUACGCCAUUGGUAUAGAAAGAACUAUACCUACUCUAAGAAAAUCCUUUCACCCUCGUCCAGCAAACAAUCUCCAAUUUUGUAUGGAUUGAAGAGCUUAAAUUUCUGGGAAAAGUACUCAUUUACCCUACUUACUAACGUAGAGUUAUUCGUAGAACAUUUGUCUAAAUUAUUGAUAAGCAAUAUAUUGAAAUUCAAUGUGAACAUCAGCUUUUUCAGCUCCAGUUCUACUAUCAAUUCUAGUCCAGAAGCAGUGCCAACGAUAAUGAUUUAUUCGGACUUAAACAUGUUGAGUGUCAGUUAUGCUGCUAUGAGUUACGGACACUUCUCUCAAAUGGUCUGGUUUAGGUAUGGAUGGUUAUUGUUUAGUAGGUAUUUGACGUUUAACCAGUUAAUACCUAUAUAA